UUGUGAGGAAGAGGUUAGGUCCCCAGCUUUAUUAGAAAGUUAAUAAUGUCGCUGUUGAACUACAUGCAUUAGUCAAAGUGAGUCCAUACUACUCCCAUGCCUCCCUUUGCUGCCAGGCUCUCUCCAUUCGCCCCACCCAGCUGAAGACGCUCCCUGGUGGUCUUGUCUGUGACUCCAGGAAAACACCCCCUCGCAGACAGAGAGAAAAUCAUAAACCAGGGAUCAGAUUUAGGGCUGGAGCGGUGUGUGGACUGGUGGCAUUAUUGGGCAUUAUUGUGUAGGUGCUGACUGAUAUUCGUUGUCUGUACAUAUCUGCCGGAGCUGAAGCUUGGGGGCGCGGAUGCUUGCGUUCGUUGGUGCUGACUGACUGACUGACUGACUGACUGACUGACUGACUGGUGCUGAGAUGCUGAUGACAGGCCGAGUCUCUUUUACGUCCUCCUGUGUCGUGGAUGGAGACCAAAGCCAGAACAGCUGAAAGACAAUAAAUCAGGAAACGAGAGCAACAGGCUGGUUUGCUCUAGUCAGUAAACAAGGGAAAGGACUGGCUGUGCGAGGAGGAGCGACAGCGGCGGCAGUGGCGACAUGUUCUGAGCGGAGAGGCGGUGAGCUGCGGGGGCUGGCGGCAUGAAGGCGCCGAGGAGACCGAGGCAGACGCGGCUCCUCCCGCGUGUCUGCUUAUGUGGAGUCGGUCUGCUCGCAGCCGCCUUGAUCUUUCACCUCAAUGAUGUGACAGGCUCCCAUCGACCCACUGUGGAUCGUGACAUCGUCUUAUCCAAGAGAGAGCUCAUCCAGCAAAAAGAAGACAACCAGACUGACAGUAUUUCUAGAUCUGCUAUCAAUGAGUUCCCUGAAGAUAUCUUUACUCUGGAGCAGAGGAGGCAGGGAGCAGUACUCCUUCAUGUUCUGUGUGCUAUCUACAUGUUUCAUGCGCUGGCCAUCGUGUGUGAUGUUUACUUUGUGCCAUCACUGGAAAAAGUAUCAGAGAACCUUCAGCUCAGUCAGGAUGUUGCUGGGGCAACCUUCAUGGCAGCUGGGAGCUCCGCCCCUGAGCUUUUCACCUCUUUGAUUGGGGUGUUUAUCACAAAAGGAGAUGUGGGUGUGGGAACUAUUGUGGGAUCCGCUGUCUUUAACAUCCUGGUCAUCAUCGGCAUCUGUGGCAUCUUCUCCGGACAGCCCAUCACCCUGAGCUGGUGGCCUGUUUUUCGUGAUGCUGUUUUCUACAUCUUGUCCAUACUGGUGCUUAUUCUGGUCAUCUAUGAUGAAAAAGUCCUGUGGUGGGAGACCAUCAUCCUGAUCUCUAUGUAUGGAAUCUACAUAAUCAUUAUGAAGUUCAACAGAUCUCUGUGCAGCCUGGUAGAGAGACACUGCAGCAGGGCAGGUCAGCCGUGUCUGAGCAGUCUGCGACGGACAACUGCUGUCGGAAACGUCGGAGACUGUGACAACGACAUGGUGCCGCUGAAGCCAGGUGCAGGAGCUCGUGUUUACUCAAGCGUGGUGGCCGGUCAGGACUCAGGGGUGGUGAUGGUGGAUGAGCUGCUACACCUGCACCCCCACCAGCUCUCUUUCUCUGAGGCAAGCCUCCGCCUUCUCAUCACCCCGCAUUUCCCCCCCUUCACCCGCCUGCGCAUGGCAGGACGCAUGGUCAUCAAUGAGAGGCAGAGGCUGAUUCGGGCUCGGGUUGGCCCAGAGGAGGGGGGAGCUUCGGGGGAGGAGGGUUUGGGUGCUAGCGGGUCGUGGGGGAGGGAGAAUGGGACGGUGGCUGAGGGAGACAGGCAGAUGCUGGAGGGAGAGACGGAGAGGGGUAAAGAGAUGGGGGGGGAGACAGGUGGGGGAGCACAGCCUAAAGAAGACGAGGAAGAGGAGGAAGAGCAAGAGGAAGGAGAGGAGAACACUCCAUUCAAACCCUUCAUUCUGCCAGAUGGCUGGUGUGUGCGUCUGAAGUGGCUGCUCUCCUGGCCUGUGAGUGUCCUGCUUCACUGCACCAUCCCCGACUGUAACCUGCCGCGGUGGGAGCGAUGGUACCUGCUCACCUUCCUGUCCUCCACGCUCUGGAUAGCCCUCUUCUCCUACCUCAUGGUCUGGAUGGUGACCAUAAUCAGCUACACACUUGGAAUCCCAGAAGUCAUCAUGGGCAUCACCUUUCUGGCAGCCGGCACGAGUGUCCCUGACUGUAUGGCUAGCCUCAUCGUUGCCCGACAAGGGAUGGGUGACAUGGCCGUGUCCAACACCAUUGGCAGUAAUAUCUUUGAUGUGCUGCUGGGCCUGGGCUUCCCCUGGGCGCUGAGGACUCUCAUAGUCAGCUAUGGAUCAGUGGUGACAAUCAACAGCAAAGGCCUGGUGUACUCAGUCAUUCUGCUGUUGGCCUCAGUCGCACUUACUGUGCUUUGUGUCCAUCUGAACCGCUGGAGGUUGGACCGCAGGCUGGGACUCAGUCUCAUGCUGCUCUACGCCAUCUUCCUCCUCUGCUCCGUCGGAUUUGAGCGGCUGUAAAGGACACACACACGCGCGCGCAAACACACACACACACACACACACACACACACAGACACUUGCAGUCACACAAAAGGACACACCUGUAUGGUCAAACGCCCAGAUUUAAAGAAGUGGUCGAACUUGUUUUCCACCCUCACUGCUGCCAUUAUUAAUUAUACGUGUGGGCAGACGAAUUUUCAUUUCAUUUCACGGUGGCUGUACAUGUUUGAGCAGUGUUAAUGCAACACCGACUGCCUGAAAGCAACAUUGUUUACCUUUGAUAAACAAGUAUUUUACAUAGUUUUGUACCGAACACUUCCAGCCCAGAUUUUAUGAAAUCAAACCCAACUGAUAAUGCACUGUCUCACAACAAAUUUAUAAAGUAUUGAAUUUGUAUUCUGAAACCAAGAAUAUUAUAUAAGGAAUCCCAAAGUGUGUUAGUUUACCUGUUAUUACUUUAUGACUGCCAUAAGUAACCUCAAUGACCAGAUGAUUAUACAUGUAAGUUUAUAUAGUUGAUUCUAAGUCUGUGCAGUUACUUUAUGUAAAGUUUAAUGUCAGGAUUUCAUUACGCCUUUGUGUCUGUAGCUGUAAAUGUCAUCGCAUGGCUGAUCAUCACGCUCCGGAUAAUUGCACUAAGCCACUGUUGUCUUGGCCUUGUUCAUAACGUAUCUCCCAUCCCCACCUCCCUUUCCUAAAAGAUUCUCAGCACAGAGGUCAUGUUUUGUUGCUGGAACAAAUGCGACUGUAUGCUACAAGGUGUUUUUGAAUGUCUGUGUUUGGAGAAAGUCCUUGAGUGUAUGUUUGUUGAGUGCAAUAAAACACUUUGUUCUGUGA